GGCCCCCUUCUCCAUUCCACCCCCCAUCCAAUACCAUAUAUUUAGCUGGCCAGCCUAUCAUUUGGAUCACACGAAGAAAGAGAGAGAGAGAGAGAAUUUGUUGCAUUUUUUGUUGUUAAAUUCAGAUCAAUUCCUCUACAUCAUCAUAUCUGAUCUGAUCUUCCCGGCCAUGACUCCACCUUAUAGUGCAAAUUCUUCAUCUUCUCCUUUCCCUUUUGAGCUGAGUAAUGAAGAUCAUGAUCAUCAUCAUCAUCAAAACCAUAACCUUAAUUUUACUACUCCAAACUACCAUAAUGUCUCUUCAUCAUCCUCUGCUCACUCCCAACCAUCUCAUCUUUUCUUAAACUCAAGAUCAUCCUGGGAUAAUCAACCUCAGCUCUACUAUGAUUCUGAUCCUCAAUUCUUCUAUCCACAACACCCCAAGGUUGAUAAUAAUCAUGCUGCAAAUGGUGGAUCAUAUGAUCAAGGGCCUAAAACAAAGGCAAGUUUAUGGAGGAGUACUAAUUGUGAAGACAGUAAUGAUCAUCAUACUCAUGAUGAGGGAAUAAUUCCUGUUAAGUGGAUGUCUUCAAAGAUGAGGGUGAUGCAGAAGAUGAAGAGCUCGGGAUCGAAUCGCGCUUGCCAGGUAGCCACCAUGGCAAGCACCGCUACUACUAUUACUACUACGGUUGUUGCUGCUACUACUACUACUGCUACUACUGAGAUGAUGAAGAUUAUUGAAGAUCAGAAAAGGGCUUCUUCUUGUUUGGAAUCUGAGCAUAGCAGCAACAGCUCCUCCAAUCAUAGUAGCAGUAAUGUUGUCCCAAUUAGGGUUUGUGCUGAUUGUAACACUACCAAGACCCCUCUUUGGAGAAGCGGUCCAAAAGGCCCUAAGUCGCUUUGCAACGCGUGUGGAAUAAGACAAAGAAAGGCGAGGCGAGCUAUGGCCGCGGCCGCCGCAAAGGCGGCGGCUGCAGCGGCAACCGGAGCAGCAGAAUCCUCACUGAACAUCAAUAAGGCGAAACCAACAAAAGAGAAGCCGACGACAGCGGCGGCGAAAAACCCCGCCACCGGCGUUAACCACCACCACCACCACGACGAAGUCACGCCCUUCAAGAAACGCUACAAGAUUGUGGCCGGCGAGCGGCCCUCCGACCACGAAGCGAAGAAGACGAAGAAGAAGAAGAAGAAUAAGAUGAAUGGGUUCGAGGAUUUCUUGAUAAAACUGAGCAAAAACUCGGCGUAUCACCGCGUUUUCCCGCAAGACGAGAAAGACGCCGCCAUCUUGCUAAUGGCCCUAUCCUGCGGUCUGGUUCACAGCUAAUUAACGACCCACCCACCAGUUUCAAUCAUUACUUUCUUUCUUUCUUGGUCUGAUCUGUUUGUUUAGCAGGUAGCUAGGUAGAUAUAUAGCUAGCCUAGCCUAGUUUGUGUGACAAUGAGACAUCAUAGUUAAGUUAGAACGAGAAAAUUAAGAAUAAUAAUUAGUGGCAAUAAUGAACUCAUCAUCGUCUGUCGUACGUCAUCGUCGUCGUCCAUGGCUAAGUUGAGAUAGUAUGGAACAAGAAAGGACGACACCAUUAUAUUGGUCUCUUGUUUUCAAUAACAAGGCUGUACUCACUUAAUCAUUCCAGCUAAUAUAUUAAUAAUGUUUUUUUUUUU